AAAUUACACUUUUUACAUUCCACAUCAUCAUCUCUUUCUUCCACAUAAUAAUUCAAUAAUCAUCUAACUUUUUUCAUCUACAAUAGUUUUUUUUAAGAACAUUCAACACCCUACUCCACAAUUUUAUUUCAUAUUUUUUUAAAAAUAUUUCAUUUUGUAAACAAUAUAUUAAAAUAAAUAUAUUUCAAGUUUUAAAUAUCUUUAACUUAAAAAAUUUAACAUAUUUUAUUGUUUUAUAUUUUAAAAAUAAUAAAUACAAAAAUAAAAAUCACCUUUAAACAAAUAAAAUUACAAAAUAGUGAAAAUGACAAAAAAACCUAUAUAUCCAAAAAGAAUGAGACUAAUCUAUAUGUAUAGAUCAUAAAAAAAAUGAUGAUUUUUGGUAUAAUUUUUGUUUUGAAAAAUAUAAGUCACCAUAAAAUAAUUAAGUUUUAAUAAUUUAGAGGAGAAAAUAAAACACACAGAUUUUUUUUAACCAAUAAAAUGUUGCAUGUGGAGCCCAAUGAAAUAUCACUUUUUUCAUAUGUUGCCAUGUGUUACUGUUGGACUCACUUUAGUUUUAUUUAACAUGGAAGCUGUUGAAAAAAAAAUUGAACUGUUUUAUCCCAUUGUUAGUAGUCUUAGAGCAUCCGCAACAACAAUCCUUAAAGAGAAGUCCUUAGAAAAAAAUAAUUAAAUAAUCAGUGAACUCCACCAAAGCUAAGGAUUCAAUCCUUAAAAUCCCUAAAUAAAGAUUCUUUUUUAGUGAAUCCUUGCACUAUUUGUGGAUCCCCACGACAUGUGGCAGUCCGCGACUGAUUGGUAUUUAUUUUUUUUAUCUGAAAAAAAUAAAAAAAUUAUAAUUAAAAAUCAAAAAACAUUUUUUCUAAAGAUUCCAAUGGAAUAUCACCAUUGGAAUGCUCUUAGUUGUAGUUGUUGGUUUCUGUCCUAAAUAUACUAAACUAUUCAACCAUAAUAAGUGAUAACUAUUUUAAUAGUUAUUUAGUGACACCACCAAAACUAAAUGCAAGUCUAUAUUAUUUUAAAAGAAUGCCUUUGAGACUGAUCGGAUCUAACAUAGCUUUGAAGUUUGAUCCAACUUUGAGAUUUACCCAUCUUUCUUCUUCCCCUAUCUCUUCGUAUACUAACUAUCAAAUGGAGUCUGAGGGAGUGUCGUUUCCAUUAAUCCACGAGCAUCCUAUGAAGCCCUGGAAUGAUUUGAGGAAAGGUGAUUGUUGUGGACGCUUCGUAUCUGUGAGUGAUGGAUACUAUUGUAUAAACUGUGAUUUUUUCGUGCACAAGAAAUGUGGCGACAAUCUCUCUGAAUUCAUCGUCCACCCAUCUCACCCCAAUCACACUCUCCGGAUUCGAUCUAAGAAAGGUUUUUGUAUAUGUCGUUUAUGUGGAAGGGAAACUUGGAAUACAUUCUAUCGUUGCAAGGUGUGUGACUUCAAAGUGGAUCUAGACUGUGCCAAGCACCCACCACCACUAGUUAUUGAAAAUUUCGAGACGCACAGCCACAAGCUUACAUUUCUCAAGGAAUUGACCGAGUUCUACUGUUGUGCUAAAUGCGGGAAAGCUGGUGAUGGAUUUACUUACAAAUGUGAAGAAUGUGAUGUAGCCUUCCAUGUUGAUUGUGUAUGGCACCCAACAGGAGAGCUAAAUUACUCGCCAGAGGUAAGCCAUUCUUACCACUCCUUGCAUCCUCUUAAACUCCUCAGAGGUCCACCACCUGACUAUUCUGAUGGUAAAUGCCGUCUUUGCGAAAAUGAGGUUGAUGAAGAAUUGUUUUAUCAUUGUUCUUCUUGUAACUUCACCUUGGAUAUGCGCUGUGUUCUGAACUCACCACCACAAUCUCUUGUUGAUUUGAAAGCUCAUGGUCACCAACUCACCCUCCUUCCAAGACUCUUUUCUUUUUCAUGUAAUGCUUGUGGGCUGAAAGGAGACCGAAGCCCCUACAUGUGUGUUCAAUGUGAUUUCAUGAUCCAUCAAGACUGUCUUGGUCUUCCACGUGUUAUUAACAUCAAUCGGCAUGAUCACCGUGUUUCUCGUACUUUGAUUCUUGGUGUUGUGAAUUCUGUGUGCGGAGUUUGUCGCAAGAAGGUGGAUUGGACUUGUGGUGGGUUUUCUUGUCAAAGGUGUCCUGGCUAUGUCGUUCAUUCUAAAUGUGCUACUAGAGAGGAUGUGUGGAACGGAAAAGAACUCGAAGGAAUACCUGAAGAAGAAGAAGAUGUAGAACCAUAUGUGGUGGUAGAUGAAAACACAAUACAACAUUUCAGCCACAAAGAGCAUAACCUAAGGCUCCAUGGGAAUGGUGUUCUCUAUGAGGAUAACAAGUGGUGUAGUGCAUGCACCCAUCCCAUCGGUCUCCAAUCCUUUUAUGACUGUAUGGAUUGUGAUUUUUCUCUCCAUCAUAAAUGUGCUGAGUGUCCUAAAAAGAAAUGGCAUGUGCUACACAAUGAACGGCUCACUUUAGUUACGAACAAGGAGCUACGUGUCUUCAGUUGUGAUGCUUGCAAUCGAACGUCCAAUGGUUUCAUAUACAAGGAUGGUGAUAAGAUGUUAGAUGUCUUGUGCGGUUCAAUUACGGAGCCAUUUGUCCAUCCAAGUCAUCCCGAACAUCCCUUAUAUUACAUUCCAACAGGAGAACUAUGCGAUGGUUGCAGCAACAUAGAACGUCGGAUGCUUAGGUGCGUUGAAGGUGAUUGUGAAUAUGUAUUGGGUUUCAAAUGUGCCACUCUACCACAAGUGGUAAAGCACAGAAUAGAUGAUCAUCCUCUCUCACUAUGCUAUGGCGAGAAAAAGGCAAGUGGUAAAUACUGGUGUGACAUUUGUGAGGAAAGAACCUAUCCAAAUAACUGGUUCUACACGUGUAAAGAUCAGCGGGCUAGUUUGCAUACAGAAUGUGUGCUCGGAGACUUUGAAGGGCUCAUGCCAAGAAGCGUAGCAAAGUUGUGGGGCGAAUCAUAUGAGGUGGAGCUCAAUAAUAGUGUAACUCGCCCAUUUUGCAGCAGGUAAGGAGCAUUCGUACAAGGGUUAGGUUGGGUAGCUCUAGAAGAAGUGAAAUGGGGAGAUGCAUCUCAUAAAAGGAUUAAACCAGGGAAUCUACUCACUUGUGGACCUGGUAACUACAAGAUACCUUCCAUUAACGACAUUCCCUUCAACUUCAAUGUUUCUCUUCUCAAG